AUGGGUGGCGGUGAUCUUGAGCAGGUGAACCGAUCGAAAGUGCUUCACCUCACGGGUAUGGGGCUGAGCCGAAUACCAAGGCCGGUUCUUCGAAGCGUCGGCCUGACGAGGUUAGACUUAGCUUGCAACGAGCUGCCUUCGGUGCCCGCUGCCAUUUCCUCGCUGACCAACCUGGAGCACCUGUGGCUCCAAGGCAACCCCAUCGCGUCCGUGCACCCUGAUAUUCAGCAUUGCACCCGACUCAAGGUUCUCGAUCUACGCAACACGGCGCUGACGAAGCUCCCGCGAGAGAUUGGCCGCCUGUCGACCAUACUCGAGAUUGAUCUUCGCGGCGCCCCAUUGAAAGCUAAGAUGAAGUUCUUCCAGCGGAACACUAAGGGGCUCAUGGCGUACCUCAGGGAGAGAGACGCGAGGAAACACAUCAAGGUAGAGCUUUACAACAAGCUGUCGACGGGCCUGUACCGAGAAGUUCUCGAUUCUCCAACCGGACGUCACAUCCAUCCCUUGAUCAAGGCCGUCUGCCUGGCCUUUAACGACCUCCAGGAGCUCACGCAGGUUGCUCGGCACUGCGACCGCCUGUUCCCCGAGGACCUGGCCACCGGCGGGAUCGACCCGACAGCCGCCGCUUCCACUCUACGCGAGAAAUUCACGGUGCUCGGGCGAAAAAACGAACGGAAGCGCCUAGCCUCGCAGCUGGAGCUGAAGAUGCGAGCGAUCUACUACGACGUGAUCGAUCCAGCCGCCGUUGAGGGGUACAUAGCGUCCAUCUACCAGCAGGUCGAACUGCUGGAAGACGUUCAAUUUCUGGUGAGACACGCAGGGACGGUCAUGCCGCCCGAUCCGAAAGAGAUCACCGGGAUCGGCGUGAAGAGCAGCAUGUUGGCGUUGCAGAAGGAUAUGACCGAAGCAAGACAAAGGUGCGUCGACGGCCUGUUUGAGACGCUCACGCAGAUCUACAACGACCAAGAGUCUUCCAAAGUACGUCGGCUGACCCAACGGGUGGCAGACGUUUUCGCGAAGGGGAGUCGUUUCGCGGACGCGAAAGAGCUGGAAGAGCUGAAGCAGCUCAAGGCCGACGCGCAGCGGGUUUUUCCGGCGGAGAUUCGAGAGGCGGAGCCCAUCCGCAUUCGAACCAUGUUCCUCGCACAACGAACGGAGCAGAAGGGAGACUGA